AUGUUUCUUCACACACUUGGACUAAAAGAGUGGUCAGUUAGGAACUGGGUAUUAAAGUCUUCUACAGGUUCUGGAAUAAAUGUUAGUCCUGAUUAUGAUAAGAAAACUAAGAAAGUUGGUAGAAAAAUUAUUACAAAUAAAGAAAUGACAACUAUUUUUGAUAAUUUACCUGCACUACCAUCACAUUACUGCCGAUCAAAUUCAAACAAAAUGUAUUUAGAAUCAUUUUUUGAAACAAAAUUAUCUUUGAAUAAAGCCUAUGUAGCCACGUUACAUAAUAAUGAUAAUGCAGUUAAUAAAACUAAUUUCUUUAAAGAAUUUCAAAGGAGAAAUCUUGCUCUGUAUUCACCGAAAAAGGAUCUGUGCGAUUUAUGUGAAGGAUACAAGUAUAGCCACAUAAAUCAAGAAGUGUAUGAUCAUCAUCAACAAAGGAAAAAGGAUGCUAGAGAUGCAAAAAAUGUGGACAAACAACUUGCUAUGCAUAAUCCUACCAAAUAUGUAUCUCUAACAAUGGAUGUACAAGCGGUUAAAUUAGCUCGUUUCAUCAGAGCAUCUUCAAUGUACUAUAAAACAAAACUAUGUGUCCAUAACUUUACAGUUUUCAACCAAGCUACAGCUGAUGUAUGUUGUUAUCUAUGUGAUGAGAUAAAAGGAGGAUUAGAGGCUUCUAUUUUUUCUACCAUGAUGGUAGACUAUUUAGACAACAUCAUCCAAAGGAAACCUACUGUUAGCAAUAUAUCAAUUUAUAACGACGGUUGUGGAUACCAAAAUCGUAAUACAACUGUAUACAAUUCAAUAUUAAAAUUUGCAAUUGAUUAA